AUGGCUAACCAAGAUGAAGAAAUGGCAGAAUAUGAUGCAAAGCUAGCGGAAAUAUUUAAACAGAAACGGUUAGAAAAGUCCAAGAAAAAAGAUUUAAAAUAUCAAAUGAUACACUUUAAGAACAAGGUUUUUGAUCUUUUGGAAAUCUUUAUCCGCAAGCAACCGACACAUCCGCUGACCCUUGAACUCAUUCUUCCACUUCUGGCGACCGUUCUCCAAGCCACGUCAUCGUCUGAACAAAUAGCUGAUCGUGCCAAAAACUUACUUGAUAAAAUGUGCAAAUCCAAGGCGUUGCCUAGUAAUUUCUCUUCUGAAUAUGCGAAUGAGAUAUUAAAAGAAACUCACGAUAUGGCUGCGCGAGCUCCAAGCAAGGAAGCAUUGGAUACCUGUAGUAAAAUGAGCAUAUUUUUGGUAAAGGUUAUAAUGAAGCAGCAUGAGGAAGUAAGCGCGAACAAUAAAGAUCAAGGAAGUUCUGAGACUGGGGAAGAGGACAGUAUUAAGAAUGUGGGGAAAAUCUACGAGGAGCUUUUGGGAAAGUAUAUGACAAAUGCGCGAUCUCGCUUGAACCUGGAGGUGUUUGUCGUCUUUAUCAGCCGCUUUCCAAUAAUUGCGUGGGAGCUGAGGGAUGCAUUGGCAGAAUUCAUGGAACCAACGAAAGUGCCUAAUUCAUACAGACAAGUGCAAGCUUAUGUUUUAAUGAGCAAGCUGCUGAAAGAAGUGGCAAAUAAGAAUCCCGGUGGAAGCGACGAACUGAUAUAUGAAUUUAUGCCAAAGAUCCGGGAUUCAUUUGUUGUAGCCAUUGAUUUUCUCAAAACCGAUCAAAAUACUGGAAAAAGGCAAUUGAAAGCUGACAAGCUAAAAGAAAUUCUCAAGGUCAUAACGACGAUUAUUAAAAUGACCAAUAAUGUCGUAAUAAGAAUUAGCAAUUCGUCAGCGGGCAAGAAAGUAUCGAAGAAGAAAGGCGCGAUUGUUGAAAAGGUGCAGGAGAUAUGGGGGACCGAUACGUUAGUGGAAAAGCUAGGAUCAAUCAAGACACUCCCAUUGUACAAGUCAUCGCCAGCUAUUAAUGAUAUGAUUAAUCAAAUAGUGAAGACAGUAUCGAAAUAG